ACAAAACCUUCUCUUUCUGCAAUUACAGUUCACAAAUAUUGUGUUUAUCUCCGCAGCCACCUUUUUCCAUUUCUUUUCCCUUGCUUUUAUCUACAAAAAGCUGCAUAUAGUCAUCGUAUUUUCAUAUUCUGACGAGGAGAUAAAUAACUCGCGACUCUGUUUCAGGAGGUAAACGAUAGAGGUUCAUGGAGUCUUCGGCUGUUGAGAUUUCGUGGCCGUCCUCUACUGUUGAGUCAUUUGAGCCAUCUUUCGAUAUACGGAUAGAUGAAGGGAAUUCGUCGGAUACUUUAGAUUUCCCUGAGAGUACAAAGUCUCCAGCAUGUGCCCGUCAAGAUAUCCCAAAACCUCCUCCACUUCCUAGGAGAAGAUUGAAUAGAGCACCUGCAGCAUCUUGUGCUGUUCCACGAGAAACAAAAGAUCUAUGGGAGAAGCUCUUCAUAGAGGGAUAUGGAGCUGAUGUGCACAUUGUGACAGACGAUGGAUCAAAAAUUGCCGCUCAUCAUAGUAUUUUGAGUAUUGCAUCUCCAGUCCUUGGGAACUUUUUAGUGCAAAUGCAAAUCAAGAAUCAUGUGAGACUGAGAGCUAUUAGGAUUCCUGGGCCGAGUGAUGCUGUCCGUGCAUUCAUCCGUUUCCUCUAUUCAUCGUGCUAUGAUGAAGAGGUGAUGCAGAAGUUUGUCCUCCAUUUACUGGUUCUAUCACAUACCUAUGCAGUGCCAUCACAAAGAGUCUGUGAAUACACGCUCGAACAGGGCUGGUUGACCAAGGAAAACGUUGUAGAUGUGCUGAAAUUAUCUAGAAGUUGUGAUGCGCCACGGCUUUCCAUGGUCUGCCUGCGCAUGGUAGUUAGGGACUUCAAAUGCAUCUCCGCUACUGAGGCAUGGAAGGUGAUGAGGCACGCUGAUCCUGCUCUCGAACAAGAGCUAUUAGAGUCCGUUAUCGAAGAAGAUUCAAGGAGACAAGAGAGGUUGAAGAAAGUCGAAGAAAAGAAGGUGUAUAUCCAGCUGCAUGAGGCAAUGGAGGCUCUACUUCACAUCUGCAGGGACGGAUGCAGAACAAUCGGGCCUUGUGAUAAGGCUCUCAAGGGAAAUCAGGUCGCCUGUGGCUUCCCUGCGUGCAAGAGGCUCGAGACCUUGAUCCGUCACUUCUCAGGCUGCAGGACUAAAGUUCCCGGCAGGUGCGUCCGUUGCAUAAACAUGUGGCAGCUGCUCGAGCUGCACUCACGCAUGUGCAACGACCCCGACUACUGCAAGGUCCCUCUGUGCAGGCAUUUUAAGGUGAAGGUGCAGCAGAGGAGUAAGAAAGAGGAGGUCGAGUGGAAAAUGUUGGUUAGCAAAGUGACAGCAGAAAAGAAUGCACAGAAACUGUUGUCAUUUAGGAGGUCAAGUUCUUAGCAAUGUGAAUACUUGUUAUAUGGGAUAAUGGCCAAUAUUUUAGCAGGCCUUAUUCAGAUUGAAUAAUCCAUGUAAAAUUAGAUGAAAUGAGAAAAGAGAAGUGUACAGGACAAUUUAUCCAACUACUACUUUGUUCAAAUGAAGGUUUUAAGUGUCAUUUAUUUCCAGUUCAA